AUGGCGGUACGCAUUCACAUCGCCCACGACGUCGGCUGUCUCUUUCAUCACCCCGAGAGCGAAGAUGAAGAGUAUGUCAUAGCCUCUCAGCUCGAAGCUGUUUAUUUCCAACUCGCCCUCGAUGUGCUCUCCUCCGACUCGCCCUUACUCUCGCCAUUGGAUGAAGUACAGGCGUAUACCAUCAUCGGGACGUAUCUUCAUCUAAAACGCCAUUUUAACGACGGAUGGGGUAUGUUGAGUAAGGCGAACGAGGUCGUCCUGAAGUACGGGAUGCAUAUCACAAUUCCUCCAAGCCCUUCGGCCGUGGCUUCGGCAAGUUCUAUCAGAGGGAGGGACAUCGCGCACAUGUAUGGACAUCUGAUGGCCUCGGACGACGCAGAUGAAGAGAGCUCGAUUUUGUGUCAUUUGUUGGGUAUACAGCUGGUGUCGGAUAUGAUGUUGGAGAUGCCUGUGGGGGUUGUUCCGUGGUUGGAGGACGAGCUUGGGGGGUUGACGUCGCAGUUCAUUGACAGAGAAAUGUUUGUGGGACAGAGAAUGGAUCCGCCUCUGGAUCCCACGAAUAUUAUUAUAAUGCGGACGAUUGGUAUUCGACUGUUGCACGAAACGAGAACAUUCAUCUCGCAAUGGGCCCAAAUUGCUCAAUCGGCUCCAACUCCAGGAUGCCCUCCCCUCUGGUACCCCACCUACACCUCCCUAAUCCUGCGCAUAUAUGACUACAUAACUCGCACCAAACUAAGCACCACACACUUCUCCCUCAUCCUUUCUAACCGUGUCGGCGUGCUCUCAAUGCAGACGAGCACCCUCCUCGGCCUGACGGGCCUCAUCAACAUGCAUAGUAUGCUCGCGAAUGCGUUUCCAGAAGUCAGAGCGGGCGCAAGGGAGCAGGCGGUCAGUGCGGCCGUGGAUAUCGCGAGCAUUUCGGAGGGGUUUGGGCAGGGUGAUUAUGAAUAUUUGGAUGGAACACUUUCUCUCGUGUGGAACGUCGCCCUCGAGGUCCUCGAACAGGAACGAAUCCGCGUGUCAGUCCUCUCCGCUCACCACAACCGUACCGGUAGCCACCAAAACCCAUCCACAUCAUCGAACUCAUGGCUGCCUACUCGUACUAGUAAUACUCUUGUCGGACUGGGACUGGGAGUCCAUGCACCGAACCUCCCCGCGCUGUGUAUGGAGGAGGAGGAGGAGAAGGAGGGGAUGGUGAUGGUAGCUAGAGACGAGGAUGAUUGGUAUGCAUCAGUUGCGAUGCAGUAG